AUGAGUGGUAGUGUAGAUUUAUCUGCUUUGAAAGAAAAAGUUUCAUCGAAACUUAAGAGUUCAAACAUGAAACAAAAGGAUAAAAAACCAACAAAAUCAUUUAAAACUGAAAAUAAGAUUGAAGAUGAAGAGCUACGUCAUGAAGCUUUGGCCCUGGGUGCUUCUGAAAAGGAUUUAGAAUUAAUUGGUGAUGACCAAGAUGAUGAUUUAUCUGAACAAGAAUUUGGAGCGGAUGAAGGUGAAGAGGAAGAGGAGUUCAAAGAUGAUUUACAGAAAUUUAUGAAAAAUAUUGGUUUGGAUAAGCAUGUGCAAGAAGGUGUUGAAGAAGAAGAAUCUCUUAGUUCAACCAAAGAAGAACAAGUUGAAGAGGAAGAACCAGAAUCAGACGAAGAAGAACAAGAACAAGAACAAGAAGAUGAAGAAAUAGAAGAAUCUGAACCUGAAACUAAGGAAAACUCUAAUUCUAAAAGCAAAGACUUUGUUGCAGACCUACAUAUGGUCAGAUCUGAUAAAUUAAUCGUGCCAAUUGAAACAGCUUGGUAUAACGUCGAAUUGGAUCCAAAGAUUGAAAAAAAUAUCAAGAAUGAUUACAUCAAAUUAAACAAAGAACAAAUCGAAAAAUUACUAGAGAGAGGUAAACAAGUCUUGGAAAAGGAUAAUCAAACUUACUACCAAGAAUUUUCGAAAGAUUCUUCUCAAAGAAAGUUCAUGUCUCAAAUUUUAUCAGAUGGUACAUUAAACGAUAAAAUUUCUGCUGUCACAUUAUUAAUUCAAGAGGCUCCAUUGCAUAAUACAAAAUCAAUUGAUACUUUAAUGUCUUAUUGCAACAAAAAAUCAAGAAAUUCAGUCUUGCAAAGUUUAAACGCUUUAAAAGAUUUAUUGUUGAACGGUUUAUUACCAGACAGAAAACUAAGAUAUUUCAAAAACCAACCUGGUUUAUCAACUAAUUUGAAUGAUAGAACAUUGGCUAUAUUUUACUUCGAAGAUUACUUAAAGAAAACCUUUUUCAGCAUUUUAGAAAUUUUGGAAAAAUUAUCCCACGAUCCAAUUAUUCAUGUAAGAAAUCAAGUCUUAAACCAUAUCUUUGAUUUCAUUAGUGCUAAACCUGAACAAGAAUUUAACUUGUUGAAAUUAGGUGUUAACAAAUUAGGUGAUAUCGAUUCAAAAGUUGCUUCUAAAACUUCACAUUUAUUAUUGAAACUAGAGCAGGCACAUCCAAAUAUGAAAAGUGUUAUUAUUGAUUCAAUAGUUGAUACAAUCUUAAGACCAAACUCCGAUUAUCAUGCAACUUAUUAUGCCGUUAUUACAUUAAAUCAAACUAUCUUAAGAAAAUUCGAAGAUGAAGUCGCUAAUAAGUUGAUUAAAACUUAUUUCACUUUAUUUGAAAAAUUCCUACUUGAUACUGAUAAAGAUAAUGCCGAAAACAAAGAUAUUGAAGUUAAAAGUGAUGCUAGAGGUUAUGAAAAUAAGAGAAAGAAGAAUUUCAAGAAAGGUAAAAAUGGUGGCAAAUCAGUAAAGAAUGAGCAAAAGACUGAAGAAGAAGUUAUCUCCGAAAAGAACUCUAAAUUAUUUAGUGCUCUAUUGACAGGUGUCAACCGUUCUUUCCCAUUUGCCCAACUAGCAUCUACAGUUUACGAACCACAUUUAGAUACCUUAUUCAAAAUUACACAUUCCUCCAACUUCAAUACAUCUAUCCAAGCGUUAGUUUUAAUUAACCAAGUUACUUUCAAAGCUAAGUUAAACUCUGAUAGAUAUUACAAAACUCUUUACGAAAGUUUACUCGAUCCAAGAUUAAUUUCUUCUUCAAAACAAGGUAUCUAUUUAAAUUUACUUUACAAGUCAUUGAAGAGGGAUACAGGUGAUAUUGCCAGAGUUGAAGCAUUUGUUAAGAGAAUUUUACAAGUUUCUUUACAUUGGUUAAAUGCUGGUACUAUCGCCGGUUUCUUAUAUUUAUUAAUCCAAUUAAUUAAAGUCUUCCCAGAAAUUAAGAAUUUAUUAACAAAUACCAUCGUUGACCAUGAAUAUGCUAGUGACAACGAAGAAGAAUCCAGCAUUGAAAAGAAAGUUAGAGUUUAUGAUCCUCGUAAGCGUGAUCCAAAGUUCGCUAAUGCUGAUAAAGCUUCUUUAUGGGAAAUCACAGAUUUCUUGAACCAUUACCACCCUACAGUUCAAACGUACGCUUCUGCUAUCGUAAAUGCUAGCAAAAGUAAAAAAGAAGAUAUCAAUAAAAUUGAAAACGAUGAAGAUAAUAUUGAGAUUGUCAAGCCAGAUUUAGGUCUAUUCACACUUACUCAUUUCUUAGAUAGAUUUGUUUACAGAAAUGCCAAGACUAAAACUACUACCAAAGGUGGUUCCAUCAUGCAACCUCUAUUUGGUGGUUCUCAAAUCAAUGAUUCUUUAUUAGUGAAAAGUACCGAUAACAUUGACAGAGUUGGCGAGGCUCCAAUGAAUUCUAUUGAUUGGUUAAACACUAAAGUUAGCAACAUCAAACCGGAUGAAAAGUUUUUCUAUCAAUAUUUCUCGAAUAAAAAGAGUGCUAUUAGAAAACAUAAUAAAGAUUCAUCAAAGAGGGACACUUUUGACGAAGACAGUGAUCUAGAUGAGACAGAAAUUUGGGAUGCUCUAGUGAAAUCUAGACCUGAUAUUGAAGAAGAUAGUGAAGAUGAUCUAGACCUUUCAAUGAGUGAUUUCACCGACAGUGAAAACGAAGAUGAAGAUAUCGGUGCAAUCGAAGGUAUGUCUGAUGAUGAUGAAGAAGAAGGACGUGAAAUCUCUGACAACGAAGCCAAAGAGCUAGAGGCUAUGUUCAACCAAGACAUUACUGCUGUUGAAGAUGUAAACGAAGAAGGUAAAUUUGACUCCAGUGAUGAAGAUGAAGAUGAACAAUUCUAUAGUUUCCGUGAUGAAGAGAACGAUAUUAUUUCAUCAUCAUCAUCUGAAGAAGAAGAAGAAGUUGAACAAAAGAAACCUGGUAAUAUGAAACGUAAACACGAAAAUAGUGAUCCUAAAGAAACUACCUCAAAUAAAAAACAAGAUAGAAAGAAAGAAAUUAAGAAACUACCACUAUUUGCAUCUGCUGAAGAUUAUGCUCAAUAUCUAAAUUCCGAUGAAGAUUAA